AGCCGUUUCGGUUCAGGUUUGUCCGAAUCACCAGCUGCCACGCUUGACCACGGUUGCGCGGCCCUUCGACCCUCCCGCAGAAUCUUCGCCCCUCGCAGUCUGAGCAGAGCAAUGCCCGGCGCUCCUCGCCGCAGCCCCGCGCCCGUGCGCCUGGCGGCGCUGGUGGCCGGGGGGCUGCUGCUGCGCGCGGCGCUCGCACCCACGUGCUUCGUGGGCGGGGCCGCAACCUCCGCGCGGCGCGGGGGUCUCGCGCCCCAGCGCGCCGAGGCCGAGAAGCCGGAGGCGGCUGCGGAGGAGUUCGUGGCCAUCAACGAGGACAACACGGCCGCCAUGGCGAUUGUUUGUUCUUCUGUCAUUGGCGGCAUCACCGGCGUCCUCGUGGGCGGCCCUGUGCUGGGCGUUCUCCUCUUCGUGGGCUUUGCGUUCCUGGUCCGCCAGGGCGCAGACAACGACGCCGCCACCGCCCUCAAGGGCGUGGCCGCGAAGGGCCUGGAGACCCUGAACUUCAUCGGCGGCGUGGAUCAGAAGUACGAGGUGACCCGCAAGGUGGGCAAGUCGGUGGGCGAGCAGGUCGACAAGGUGAAGGCAUCAUCGCCCGAGGCAGCAGAGAUCAUCGACAAGGUCGGCGGCGCGAUCGAGAAAGUGGACAAGGAGGUGAACAUCAAAAGCUCCCUGAGCAAUGUCGUCACCAGUGGUAGCAGUCUCGCCAAAGACAUCGUGGACAAGGCCAUCGAGACAAAUGAGAAGUAUGGCAUCAGUGACAAGAUCAAAGGCACGAUCGGCGACGCCGUCUCCAAGGUCCAGAAAAAGGAGUGAGUGGUGCGAAAGGCGGCGCUGCCCCAGCCCCCCUCCCUAUUCCCCAUCUUCAUACUUCUUCGCGCUCGUCCAGGUGACUGUUCCAUCGCUCCCCGGCAACUGCAGAGUUGGCCGCGAAGUUAUCUUACGUAAUUGGUGAAGCAUUACACCAUCAGCCGUGGCACGCAGAGUGAGUGCAUCGAUUCUCACCGAUUUUGUUUUAGAGGUAUGCUUUCCUCACCUCCGUUGCGAGGGUAUUUUUGAAUCGGCUUGCUCCUGGCCCACUUGGGCCAAAACUGCAGGCUUGGACAACCAGCAAGUCUGAACCUGCCUGGCAUCAUUCCCCAUUUUCCGCCUUACCCCCACCCUCAUCUGUGAGGAGUGACACGGGGUCAAGGCGCAGGCCGAUGGGAAGGAACCAGCGCUACUCCUCAUGACCCAAGCUGGUUUGGGAGCCUUCUCUGGCGAGAGGCGCCUAUAGAAUUCUAUGUGUUCGAUUUGCGGGCCUCCGAGGUCUGGUCAGCGAGCCGAGGUGGCAGCCAUCGAUUAUACUGUAGCCAUUCUUCUAUUACACAGCGGUGCGUCCUCCUCUUCUCCCCCUCCUAACGCUUCUCCUCCCUCUCCUCCUCUUCAGUGUCUCGUCUGGGGGCAAAGAUGCCCAUGGCCCCGGGCUCCGACGAGUUGGGGCGGCAGUGUCUAGCAGCCCAGAGCAGGCCCGAGAGACGGGCGCCAGGUUGAUAUAUGGCCCACUGCCUGGUCGGCACCAGUUCACCCCCAGGAGUGAGCUGCUUUGUUUAGUUUGUGCUGUGGCCCUGUCCAGGGGCCCGGUGGCUCUUGCCUCGGGCAACGAAGAAGUUUGUCGCAGCGUUUGGGCUAAUCUGUUCCUGGCCCCGAGGGGGAGAAACACCGACUUGCGGCGGAAGCUUGGAGAAGUCACUCAGGUGACGGAUCGUCAUCCUGGUGACCUUGCAGCGCUUCAAGUCCCCUCCCACUUUGGAGGCCGAGGAAGGAGUUGCCCGCGACCUGUCAGGGCCCUUCGUUGCAGGCAGUGUGUUCUUGGACCACUUGGCAGGGAUUGCUGCUAAGGUUUUCAGCGCCCCGUGCGCUCUGCGUACCUUUUGCUCUAGGUCGAGGCCGAUGUCAGGUUGACCAGGGAACGAUAAUUCAGGACCACGUUGGAGGCGAUCCAGGUUGAGUGGGAA